CACACACUGCAAAAUGACAACCGUUUGACUAAGUGUUUGUUCAAUCUUUCAACAGUGCUUGGAGCCAUGCAAGGAAAACUGGGACUUGAAAAAGAAUAGCUGCCAAAGUCUCUGUGAGCCGCUGUUUCCCAAGAAGCACUAUGAAUGUUUAACCAGCUGCGAGUUUCUCAAAUCCAUCUUGUCGGCGAAGCAAGGUGAAUGCCCCGCUCCAGAAAAAGCCAGCGGAUUUGCAGCGGCUUGUGUUGAAAGUUGCGAUGCAGAUAAUGAAUGCUCUGGGGUAAAGAAGUGCUGUUCGAAUGGAUGUGGCCACACAUGUCAAGUACCUAAAAACUUGUAUAAAGGUGUUCCUUUGAAGCCAAGGAAGGAACUAAGCUUCAGUGAACUCCAACAGGGAAAUCUUGAAAUUAAAUGGUCUUCAAAAUUCAACAUUUCUGUUGAGCCAGUGAUCUAUGUGAUGCAGAAAAGAUGGAAUUAUGGGAUACAUCCAAGUGAGGAUGAUGCCACACCUUGGCAAACAGUUGCACAGACUACAGAUGAAAGGAUACAACUUCCUGAUGUGAGACCGAGCAGGUGGUACCAGUUUCGAGUGGCUGCUGUGAAUGUCCAUGGAACACGAGGCUUUACAGCACCUAGCAAACAUUUCCGGUCAUCUAAAGAUCCAUCUGCUCCACCAGCACCAACUAACCUCAGAAUCAUCAAUUCCACCACAAACAAUGAUGGUACAACAACUGUACGAGUUACAUGGGAUCUCCCAGAGGAGCCUGAUAUACCUGUGCAUCAUUAUAAAGUGUUUUGGAGUUGGACAUCACAUAGCAAAUCUGUUGUUCCAACCAAGAAGAAGCGCAGGAAGACAACAGAAGGGAACCAAAACUAUGUGACUCUAGAGGGAUUGCAGCCAAACAGCAAUUAUAUGGUUGAGAUUCAAGCUAUUACAUAUUGGGGACAAGUCCGUUUGAAAAGUGCAAAGGUCUCAUUAUAUUUCUCCUCGGGGCCAUCAAGUUCCAGUAAGGAUCAAGUAUCAAAAGUCAGCAAAAUAAAGACUGAUACUCUAGUUUCACCUCAAAGAAAGCGCACGGCUCACAUGCUUGAAAUUGGAGCCCCGUUCUACCAGGAUAAUCAACUUCAGGUCAAAGUGUACUGGAAAAAGAAUGAAGAUCCUCUUAUGGGGCUUUACCAUAUACAAUGGCAUCCUGAAUCAUGUACACAUAAUGAAACCAAAGGACCAGAGAAAGCAAUAACUCAAGACCACCACAUAAUACUACCAGCAUUAAUGUUUUCCUGCAAAUACAAAGUUACAGUACAACCAGCCAGAUCUAAAGGCCAUCUAAAGGCUGAAAGUAUUUUCUUCACAACUCCUCCCUGUUCAGCGUUGAAAGGCAAAAACCACAAACACAUCAACUGUCCAACCAAUGGAGGACAAGUUGUCUCUAAAGUAUUGGCUAAACCUGAGAAUCUGUCAGCUUCGUUUAAUGUCGAGGAGGGAAACAUUACUGGACAUUUUUCAUGGAAACUUUCCAAAGUAAAUCUUCAACAGCCUAUGACAGGAUUCCAGGUCACAUGGGCAGAAGUCACAACAGAGAGCCGACAAAACAGUUUACCAAACAGUAUCAUUUCCCAGUCUCAGAUAUUGCCAGCGGACCAUUAUGUUUUGACAGUUCAUAAUCUUAGGCCAUCAAUGCUCUACCGAUUGGAAGUCCAAGUAUUAACAACAGGGGGAGAGGGUCCAGCAACAAUAAAAUCCUUCCAAACACCAGAUGUAAUUCCAUCAUUACCUCAUAGGCCUCGUGUGAAGCAACAUCAUCCUCAUCACUACAAGUCAUCUUCAGAUAAAAUUUGA